UGUGUGCAAUUUAUUAAGUUGAAUUGAAUAUAUUUUGGAGAAAAGUAUUUGUUUAGAUAAAGAAAUGAAUAUAAAUAAGAAUAGAUUAAAUACAUAAACUCUAAUUAUAAUGAUAUUAUAACAAUGCAGAAGUUCUGAUUGAAUUUAGUUAGCUACUAUACAAAUACGAACAGUUCCUUAUCAAACAGCGACAAUUUAUUGUGUACAUUUGGAAAGGUAGUUUUGGUAGAUAAUCUCUUGAUUUUUGACAACUCUACAAUUAUGUCAUUUAAAUACCGUGUAAAUACGAAUCGAAUAAUUAAACUUGAAUAAUUUGCAUUGAUUUUGAGCGAGAACAAUUUGAAACUACGCUUCAUAUGCGAUUUUCCAGCAUGUUCAAAUGGUUCGUUUUGUGCUCAGCCGUGACAUUUCUGAUGUGCUCGGCUCACGUGGCAUUCACAAACUUGAAAUGCAGCUUCACUGAUAAGAGCUAUGGAGACUUUAAGUAUUGCUACAUCAAGGCGGUCAAUCGUACUCACAAGUACAUCAGCAGCUAUGCGCAAAUGGCUCCAAAAUCCCUUAAUAAUAUAUCGGUCAACAUUCAGUUGUUACGCAAUAGUAAUGGCUAUAAGCCGUUUUUCUCCCUCAACACGAUUGAUGCAUGCAAGUUUCUCAGAAAGCCAAGCAAUCCACUUUUGAUCACAUCUUAUAAUACCUUCAAAGAUCACUCCAAUCUCAAUCACACCUGUCCCUAUGAUCAUGACAUUAUUGUCGACAAGCUCUAUACUGGCGAUCAGGAUUUAGCGUUUUCUAGAUAUCUGCCCAUACCGCAAGGCGACUAUGCCAUCAAAAUAACAUUCUUUAUCUAUAACGCUAAAGUGUGCAAGGUUAAUCUUUAUGUGAAAUUAACUUGA